AUGCUUACCGUCGGGACGUCAGGGCUAAGUCAAACAAAUGAAUCCAGUUUGAUGGUCCAACUGACGUUGGCGAAAGUCAGCACUCUGGCUGAGGUAGAAUACCCUCUCGUUGUCAGCUCGGCGGAGGUAGACGCAUUACAGGACGUACCCAGACCUGGGAGGUGGGCCGGUCUGCCCUUCUGGCUCGAGUAG